AUGUCUUCGACCAAGAAAGCCCGCACCCAGCCCCCGUACGAGCUUCUCUACUGGCCCGGCAUCCCCGGCCGCGGCGAGUUCAUCCGCCUCGCCUUCGAAGCCACCGAGACGCCCUACACCGACACGGCCAACGAAUCCAAAGCCGGCAUCAACGCCGUCCUCUCCGUCAUCGACGCAAAAUCCACCGGCGACAGCGACGGCAACCCGCCCGCGUUCGCCCCGCCCGCGCUGCGCGUCUCGCGCGAAGGCAAGGACGGCAAGCACCUGGUCCUCUACCAGACGCCCUGCAUCCUAGCAUACUUGGGCGACCAGCUGGGACUAGCGGGCGACGACGAGGCAGAGAAGCACUGGGUGCUGAGCCACACGCUCACGGCGCUGGAUCUGAACAACGAGGCGCACGACACGCAUCAUCCGAUUGCGUCGCAGCUGUACUACGAGGAUCAGAAGGAGGAGGCGCUGAAGAAGGCGAAGGACUUCCGCGAGGCGCGCAUUCCCAAGUUCUUCGGCUACUUUGAGCGCGUGCUGAAGGGGAAUGAGGAGAAGGGGCAGGGAAAGUACCUCGUCGGCGAUAAGCUGAGCUAUGCCGAUACAACCGUCUGGCAUGUGCUCAAUGGACUCAAAUUCGCCUUUCCGAAGGAAUUGGAGGCAAGGGAGAAGGACUAUCCGUUGCUGUUUGGAACCUUCUACCCUAGCGUGCAGAAGCAUGGCCGCUUAGAGGAAUACCUAGCGAGCGAUAGGCGCAAGCCGUACAGCAUGGGUAUUUUCCGGCAUUACCCAGAGCUAGACAGGCAGUAA